CGCAGAGGCAAGAACACUUGGGUGUGAAUAAAAAGGAAAUUCACAAAAUGAGAUUUUCGCUGUUUAUCGUAACGGUAACGGUGCUGGCAACAAUCACAGGUGCUGUAAACGCCGGUGGAAGCGGUGCUGGACCUCCUACCGAAAACCAAACAAUAGCAGCAGAAUUCGUGGCCACGAGUGAGUGGCAAGUGGUAGGCGAUGAUCAAGCCAUACCUCGAGGACUACAUGUGCGGAUAAACUUGCAGACGGGAGUUAAGGAGGCGAAAUUGUUAGAAGAAGAUAAACGUGGAACACAGAUACAAAGCGUGUCUAAUAAUCACGACGACGACAAUGCGGCGCUCGCGAUUGAUUACAAACCAGACAUAAUUGAGCAGUCGCUCCAGAAGGCAAAAGAAAGGAAACAAUAUAUGGAACUUCGAAAGGCGUAUAAGGAGCUUGAAAAGAAUUUCCGAACCGAUGGCGAGAUUAUCGUGCAGCUUUUAGGCCAGUACCAAAACUUUAGCAAGUCUCCAAUUGGAGCCGAUUCUGAGCUGAAAGCCAAACUAAAGUCUUUGGAAAAUCUUGAGUACUUGCUGCAUCAAAUCGACAACGCCUUGGUUUUUAUUGACAGCGGAGGCUUGGACAUAAUAUUACUGCCUAUUGUGGUGAACGAAACGAACAUUGCAUUACGAGUAUCAGCUAUGCGGGUAUUGGGUGCACUUGCUGGCAACAAUCCGAAAGCACAAAUUAAAGUCUUCGAACGCAAUUUUGGUUCUCACUUGGCUCAAGUUCUAAUGACAUCUUCAAACCGGGAAGAGCUUUCGGCGGCAAUGCAUGCGUUUGGGACAUUGUUGCGGAAGUUUCCCUUGGCACAGCAUGUUUUAUCCACAUCCGGCACUCAAGCGUUAAUUGGCGUGGUACGCAGCGAUAAUGUAGAGCUACGGACGAAGGCGAAAGCUGUUACCUUGAUUAGUGACUUGGUGCUGGAAAAGCGUAUGGUGCUGGAAUCCAACAAUGCUCAAGGAGCAGAUGCCUCGACUAUAGCGCAAUAUAUGCGUUUAGAGUUCGAGCCGUGGCUGCAAACGCAUGGGUAUUGCACAGUGAUGGAGACGGUGAUAGCUAAGCAAUUUGCUGAAUUAAUUCAACAGCCUAAUAUUGUGGAACAGUUUGCAGUCGCGCUAGAGAAUACUGCCGGACUUUGCCAGUCGGUCUGGUCGCAAAGUCCGCUCUUACGGCAUGCAUUGCUAACAAUACGAAAUCAUUUUGCACACAGCGAAGAUGAGUACCAUGUUGAGAUUUCGGAAAUAGUAGCCAAAAUUUGUCUCAAAUUCUAUGGCAAGCAUAAACCUCAUAGCGAGCUUUGAAUUGACUUCCAUAUUAUUCGCUAAUAUUAAUAGUAAAACAUGAUCUUAUUGUGAAAAUUUUAAAUUUAAGAGCAGGCCUGCCCACAGUUGUCAUGUAAAUAUAGUCUACACAGACCAACAUGGUCCUAUCGCAUUAGAUUAUUUAACUAUUAAACAAUAUUUUAAAUAUAUGUUUAUGUAAAUAUAUAUUGCAAUCCUACUGCACAAGGAUAAACUGA